GGACGGCUCUGAGGACCCCGGCGGACGCCCGCCCGCCCUCCCGCAAAGAUGGCGGCCUCCUUGCGGCUCGGCUGCGGCCGCCGGGCUCUGGGCUACCUCUUGGGCUUCGCGAGUGGCCAGCGGGCCGAGGCGGUCGUGACGUCGCUUGGCCGCGGCGUGGGCUGCCGGGGGCUCCAUGGCACGGCGUGGCUGUGGGUUGAUCCUAUAAAAAUUUUAAUGCCUUCCUUGUCUCCUACGAUGGAAGAAGGAAACGUUGUGAAAUGGUUGAAAAAGGAAGGUGAAGCAGUGAGUGCUGGAGAUGCAUUAUGUGAAAUUGAAACAGACAAGGCCGUGGUCACAUUGGAUUCAGCAGAAGAUGGUAUUUUGGCUAAAAUAGUGGUUGAAGAAGGGAGUAAAGGUAUUCGGUUAGGAUCACUAAUUGGGUUGAUGGUGGAGGAAGGAGCAGAUUGGAAGCAGGUUGAAAUUCCCAAAGACGUGAGUCCUCAGCCACCCCCAGCUUCACCUGCGCCUGCACCACCUGUAGCCAAAGCUGUGGUUCCUGCUUCCGCCACAAAGGCCCCCCCAGCUGGGAAAAUGUUGCUCCGGCUAAGUCCUGCUGCUCGCAACAUUUUGGAGACGAAUGACAUCGAUGCUAGCCAGGGUACUCCUACCGGACCUCGGGGCAUAUUUACUAAAGAAGAUGCCCUCAGACUUGUACAGUUAAAAAAGUCAGGCAAACUUGCUGAAUCCAAGCCUUCUCCAGCACCUCCUAUUACGACUGCAGUGCCUUCGCCUCCUCCAGCAGCUCCUGGGCCACCAUCUUAUCCAAGGCCGAUGAUUCCACCACUGUCUACACCGGGGCAGCCUAAUGCAGUGGGCACAUUUACUGAAAUCCCUGCCAGCAAUGUUAGAAGAGUAAUUGCCAAGAGGCUAACUGAAUCUAAAAGUACUGUACCUCAUGCAUAUGCUACUGCUGACUGUGACCUUGGACGUGUCUUAAAACUAAGACAAAGUCUCCUCAAAGAUGAUAUCAAAGUAUCAGUAAAUGAUUUUAUCAUCAAGGCAAUAGCUGUAACCCUUAAACAAAUGCCAGAUGUGAAUGUGAGCUGGGACGGAGAAGGCCCAAAGCAGUUGUCCUCCAUUGACAUCUCGGUCGCAGUGGCAACAGACAGAGGUCUCAUUACACCUAUCAUAAGAGAUGCUGCCGCCAAGGGAAUACAGGAAAUUGCUCUUUCCGUGAAGGCUCUGGCAAAGAAAGCAAGAGAUGGAAAAUUGUUACCAGAAGAAUACCAAGGAGGGUCUUUUAGCGUUUCUAACUUGGGGAUGUUUGGUAUCGAUGAGUUCCGAGCUGUGAUCAAUCCUCCUCAGUCCUGCAUUUUGGCGGUGGGCCGAUCCCGACCUGAGCUCAGACUCUCUGAAGAUGAAGAAGGGAAUGCUACGCUGCAGCAGCAUGAUCUCAUGACCGUCUCCUUGUCCAGCGACAGCCGAGUGGUGGACGAUGAGCUGGCUACCAAGUUUCUUGAACGUUUUAAAGCAAACCUAGAGAAUCCUGUCCGACUCUACUAGUCUCAAAAUGACUGGCUGACCAUGCAGGUUGUUACUAAAGUGAAAGGUUACAGUCUAUAGGAAUACAGUUUGAGUGUUUGGUAUGAAAUGGACAAAGUAUUUAAUUUAUUUGGGGUGAAAGAACCUGGACUUUGUCGUCUUCAUUUCUGUUUAAAGAUAACCUAUUUUAAAGACUAAUCAGAGGAGGAGCACAUCUAGUUAUUUGACUUCUUUUAAAACUACUCUGGUGCUGCACAAAAGGGUUCUACUUAACUAGGUGUAACUCAUAUCGGAGAGCUUCAAUAUUCAAAAAAGAAAACAUUAGAAGGCCGAGACUAACUUUUCUCAUGUUGAAAACAAGGCCAGUCUUGAUUGAGAUGCUCAGAGGUUUGAUAGCUGAAUUUCAGCUUUACAAGGGCUGCUCUGGCAGUAUUCCUACAUGAUUUAACACAGAGAGGAGAUUCCGGCUAAGAACGAAUCACUAGGCAGUUAGGAAUACAUCUCUUGAUGGAUCGUGACCACACUGUCAGGUUAUUUCUGUGUAUAAAGCCAUACCUUUCCCAAGGUGGUUUCUAUCAGUUUUGUUGUUCUGUUGUUGACAUUGAUAACUGUGAGCUUCUUGAGAAGGGAAAAAAAAAGGUGCAUUUCUACUAAACAAAGAUCAAAAAGGCACAAGACAUGUUUGAAUGGAAAACCAUAACCAGAACACCUUUACCUUCUGGUAGAAAUGUAGAAACAGUGAAUGAAUCUUAAAAAGUGCUUACUCUGAUGCUAAGUCGCCAUAUAUUAAUAAAUGAUAAUCUCUCACUAAAA